AUGGACAACAAUCAAGAGGGCGAGAAUGAGAAUCGCGAUGAAAUGGAUUUGAGCGAGGACGACACGGAAUCCGAGGACACCCAGAGCAGCGAUUCCGGCGAACGCAGACCUUUCGACAUUGCAGUCGCCGCAACGCAUCAGUAUUUACAACUAAACGGGUCGCACGAAACGCCGCAUGGGUUGAAAUUUGAAGAGCCGGGCAAAGUGAUCACUGUUUCGAUACUUGAAAUGCCGAUCAUCUUGCUACCGACGCAACUUCUUCCAUUCCACACCGAUUAUCCAUUGCUCGUUUCACAACUCCGGCAAGCAGCCAGAGAAAACGAAUACAUUGCACUGAAGCCGAAAGUAGAAACGCUGGAAACCGAUAUAGCCACUUUGAUCCAGGUUUUCAGUUCCCACUACUUGAAGUUCUGCAUUCCCAAAAAUUACAAACUUGGAAUUGAAUUUCUACACAUGAAUUUGCUUUCUGUUGAGGGAGCAGUGUUUGAAAACAUUACUGACAAUAACCGAUCCUUUAAUCGGCGGUUUUGA